AUGAGGCUCAUCAAUUAUAAAGGUGUUGUCUUCCACCGUGUCGGUGGUCUCGACCUGACGACGCGGUUCAAGGACGAGGCCAGUCUUCCAGUCAUCGACGACGGCGACUGGAAGAGCGGAUCCGCAGCCGUGGAAGUUGUCUUUACCAGCGGCGCGGCUCUGCAGACCGCCCUCCUGGUGCGCGAGUUCGUCCCGCGGUACGGCGACGUGACGGGCCGUCGGUACACGGAUGCCAACGGAAACCACAAAUGGAUCAAUCUGCCUUCGUAUGCCGUCGUUGAUCCAGCGGCGUACCUCAACCAGCUCCGCUUCCAGAUCCGAAGCCAAGCCUGCGCGUGGGCGGCGACACAGGGCCGGGCCCACCAAGAGGCUCUUCGCCUGAUCGAUACUGGCAUAGCACCCGAACUUCAGCUGCUGCUCGAGUACGACUUUGGGAGAUUCCAAAAAACACUCUCCGCAUACAUCACCGGUUCAGAACGGCUUGGCAUCGAGCGCCUCCCGAAAGAUGCCACGUCCAUGCCGAACCAGUCACCACUGCCGCGCAUGAUCACCGCGCAGUGUGACAUCAUGCUGACACAAUAUCUGGCCGAACGGCUUCGCGAUCUCUUUGGCAGUGCCGACGCCCAGCUCAUCAAGCGCCUCACGUCGGCCAACGUUGUCAACACACAUGUGGCUUAUGUCGCCCUGCGCAUCCUUGUGGAGGGAACGAUUUGGGUGCUCAUGGACAAGCAGCGCCGUGAUGAGCAGAAUAACACCAAGGUCGAGCUUCAGAGCAGCCUCAACAGUGUCAUCUACACCUUCAGCAAUGCCCGCCAGGGUAUGGACUAUGUCCACUUUGAGCAUUCGCUGACGUCCGAUGCCGUGGCGUUCUACGAGGACAUUGACGUCCAAGACAGCCAGGCCUCGGCAUCUCCCGCCUGGAAGAGCCUGCUCUUCUGGCUGCCCUCGGUCGAGGACCUCAUGACCACUCCAUACGAAGCCAAGGAGAUCUUUUACCAGGGUUGUUAA